AUGCCGCCAAAGGACGCACUCCGCGCACUCCUCCACACCCUCCUAACCGUGACACUGAACGACGGUAGGGUUCUCACAGGUAAUCUUCUGGCCGUCGACAGUUCCGCCUCCCUUCUUCUCAGCAGCGUUCGCGAAACCCGCGUCCUACCCCCAACUGUCGAAGGGAUCAACGUCGCGCAAUACUAUCCCUACUCGCGGACCGAUGGGGAGGCUAGUACCGAGCCUGGAGGCGAGGUGCGCGAGCGUGAAGUCACCAGCGUGCUGGUUAAUAUGUGCGAUAUCGUCGCUGUCGAGAUGGGUGAGGAGGAUGCGGGGGCUUGGUCGCGGUUCGUGGGGGUCGCGUUUGAAAAGGAACAGGCUGUGCCGCCUGCACCGCCGGCCAAGGCGUAG